AUGUGUAUCGCUAACAAAUUCAACGUUCUUUCGUAUGACUAUAUCCAAAGAUUCAAAGAACCUGUAGACCUUGGUCAGUGUGCUUACCGUUUCAUCACUCUUCAAGGGAAUCAGCAAGUUUACUUGAAAGAAUGUGCUUUAAAUAAAUUAGGGAAAUCGAAAUACGAAUCGAAUCCUGUGAAUGAAUCAUUUGUUGUGAGCUUGACAGAAGAAAACCUUUUAACCCAUAUCGCGUUGUGUGACGGAAAGGCCGCUUCCUACAUGGGUUUGCUCUACGAAGGAGAGUGCCUGGCAGUUGAGAUAGCGGAAAUGAUCUCUUUCAACGAAACAACAUAUACAAGAGCGUUCGUCGAAUAUUACCAAACCGGAACAGAUGAGCUGGAAAUCGACUGGCGCCCAUUUGAAGGUUACGAUCAUUACUACAAGAAAGAUUAUUACUUAAAGAAACGGAGUUACGGGACGUACGAACUGAUCAUCGCUCAGAUGGUGUUCAAAGAUAAUACAGUCAGAAAUGCAGCCCAGUCUCUGCAUUUAUCGCCGCCUCUCUUAUCCGAACAAAUAGAAGUAAUCGGUGAAGCAGUCACAAUUCCGGAAUCGAUACGCAUAAUAAGAGUCUCUACCGCAGAACCGGUGAAAGAAGUGACGGAUUUCGCAGCUGGCGAGUUUAAAAAUGCCAUUACUCUCAUAAAACGCUACGAAAAUGACGUUCGCCGGAUGCGAAAGAUGGUGAGCGAAGACAACAGCGGGAAACAUCAUCUGGAAUAUGAAUUCCAUUCAAUGUCUGAAAAGGAAAAACCCACGAAUACAAUGUCUCGCCGAAUCUGGGAGAACAUUACACAAAUGGAAAUAGGAACUGCACGCGCUAUUCCGGAAGGGGAACAAGCUAUUGAAAAGUGUUUGCAAAAGAAGAAAAAACUCGGCCCGUGCAAGAAGAUGCAACGUUUAGUUAAAGGGUUGAAGAAACUGAAACAGCAGUUACAUAAUAUUCGUUCUAAAUGGUAUUACAUGUCUCCGCAGAAGAUCGUGGCAGUGGAGGCCAGUCGGGGUUUGCGUUACGACAACCUUCGCACGAUCAUGGAGAAGAUGCUCCAGCGACAUACAUGCGCAGAAACGAAGAAAAAACGGAAGCCAAUUUCAGGAGGACAAUACACCAUGAAAUGA